AUGGAUAUGGACAAUGUCAACCGUCCUGCUAUCAACAUAUGGACGUUCUUCGCCCUGGCUGCCUUGGACGUCGCAGUAAAUGCCGCCGCUGGUCCAGCUGCAGUGGCGACUGCCGCGCAUGUCAAUGGGAGUCCACUGACAGCGAGAGCAAUGCAAAUCGGUGCUCUCGCUGGAGUUACUAAAUCAGGGGUGUUGGCGUUUGUCGAAUUCGCGGGGUUCGCGGGCUUGCCAACUCCGGCGUGGAUACUGUUAAUUCUGGUAGCAAGUUGCUUUGGGAUUUGUGUCCUGGUGACAGCAGAAGUUAGCAAUUUGGUUCUUGGAGAAACACCAAGCGCGUUGCUUAUUGCGGCUGUUGUCGCUGCUAUUCCGCUUGCAGGGGAGUGCAUGGGGCUAUAUCAAUGUAAGUCCAUUUUCUUCGCUUGCAGCUCUCCAUUGCUAAUCUUGAUUUGUAUCUCAGCGGCUGGGGGCUAUAUGGUAGCAAACCUCAGACACAACUUUGUAUUAUGGGCUUCGAUGCUUUGGGAGGAUACGUCUUUGCUCGUAUGGCACAUAACGAAGGUUAGUUACUGCCUCUCCCUUAUCAUGAAAGCUUUGGGGGCUACUCUCUUCGCUGUUCUUGAUGCAUUUGGUUAUGAUAUCUGCGCUUACAAUGUUGCUGCUGCCGCUGGGGCUGUAUAUGGUGUCAUCACUGGUUUCUUCCAUGUUAUCCUUGGGUGUAUGGCCGGAUUUACCUCCUAUGAAAGCACAAAUGGACAUUAUGAAAUACGCAAUGUCUUUGGGACUGCGCGAGGGUAUAACCCCAAUUGGAAUAAUAAUAUCGGGGUUUGA